AAUUAGGAUCUUUUUAAGCAGAAAUAAGCAGCCGGACCGGAGCGAAGAUAUUUAAAAUAAAUAAAUAGUUGAAAGAAGUGGCGAACAUUGCCGUAAAUUUGAUUUUUCUCAUUUGAAUAGGAUCAUUUGAAAAAUUAAAUGCAUACAACUUGAUUUAUUAUCAAAUAUAGUCAUAAUGGUACCUCCGGAACCUCCUCUUCCAGUAUCUAUAUCAAAAUCAUCAAAAGACUAUGUAACAGCUCACAAAAUUUCGCUCUUAGUUUUAAUAAAAGAAUUUUGCUAUGUGCGACAUAAAUCUUUGCAAAAACGACAUGGUCAAAGAUCAGACGAUGCAUCUUGGGAACAUACUAAUCAGCAAAAUCGAGAUUUUGCGUCAACUAUGUUGAAGCUUAUUCAAAAUCCAGAUAUGGAUUUAAAACGAUUGAUCAACAUUAUUCAUCCUAUUAUGCAUCCUAAAACAUAUCAGUUUUUUGUCAAUAGGUUAGAGACACUUCGAAAAAAUGGGGUUGCAGCAAUCAUGGAUUACAUCGCUACCUUGGAUUCUCUAUUAGUGGAACCUGCACCAAUGCUACCAGUUAUACAUAAAAGCAGUAUAUUAGGAUUAUUUAUUCGACAUAUGCUGUUAGCAUUUGAUAAGCUAUCGUUUAGUCUUGUCACUAAAUUGUGUCAUAAGUUUCAUGUUUAUUUCGAUGCUGCAUUUGCACAAUGUCUUGACGACAGCACUGAUAUCAAUUGCAGUGAUUCUGCACUUGAUGAAAAAUUAGAAGAUAGUUAUCAUGAGGAAUGCCAGGUGUUUGCCUCCCAGAAACAAGCUGAAUUUUUUAUUGCACAACAAGCAGCUUUAUUACAAAUUAAUGAGAGUGCAGCAUUAUCUCCAUUUGAUUUACAGCAAAAAAUUAAAGAACUUUUGAAAGGGAAUCCUGAAUUAUAUGAAGCGUGCUAUUUGAGUUAUCUUAAUUCAUUGAGAGUGAGAGAAUAUUGUGGAGCUAGAGAAAAUCUUUAUCAUCAUUUUGACCGUAAUACAGCUGUUCCUCAGGAAACUAAAGCCACAACAGCUUCAGAAGAUCUUAGUAGAAGUUCUCGCUAUGCUGCUUUGAAUCUUGCAAUAUUACAUGCUUUAUUUGACCACAAGGAUGAAGCUCUUGCAGCUUUAAAUGAAGCAAUUAUGGUUGCCCAAGAGGUCAAUGAUAAUGUGUGUUUACAGUAUUCAUUGGCCUGGCUUUAUAGACUAACUUCAGAAAAUAAAGAAGUUUUAAUUGAAAGAUCUGUCGCAAAAUCAACUGACCUUGGACUUUGCUGCUUGGCUUCUCUUGGAAUACAAGCUCUGACUAGAUUGAAAUCUUUAACUACUGCCUCUCCAUCAAGUGUUUUUGAAUUACUUACUAAAAGUGAUGUGCAGAAUUGUCAACAUUCUAUGGCUGAUUUAUUAGGUCCUGCUUAUGCUUUGAGAGCUGGAUUGUGGUCUUAUUAUGGGCAUAGUAUGAUGAUGCAUUUAUCUAGUCAAAUGCUCUUAUUUUUGAAUACUUCGGAUCCUGUUAGAGGUGGUACGUAUCACAUUGGAGAAGGCACUUGUUUGGCAUUAAGAAAUCUUGCUAUGAGUUUUGCCUCUGAAGGUUUAUACUGUGAUGCAGCUCGAGUGUUGGCUCUUGCUAGAGAACUAUUUCCCUCACAUUCAGAGUACAGUAGUAUAUGGCAACAAGCUGAUUUAGUGAUAAAAUAUGAUAAAGCUUUAUAUCAAGGAAAAUGGUUAGAAGCUCAAAAUGCUCAAAGAGGCAUUGCAAUUUUUGACAAAGAAGAAGCUCAGUUUAGGAAAGCAGUGCUGCUUUAUAAACAAGGUAAUGCUGCUGAAGCUGAUAAUGUUUUAAAAAAGUUGAUAGAUUAUUGUGAAAUAACACCAGUUGCACCACAUUUUCAUGUCAGGGUACUUCUUCUCAGGAUUGAAUUAUUAUCAACAACUCCAAAUAAUAAUGUCAUUCUACCUACAUUGAUGAUGUGUUUAUCUAAAUGCAAAAAUCAUCAUUUAUUGCAUUUAGAAUCAUUAACGAUUCUCCAAGUGGCCUCUGUUCAGUUGGAAAUUGGGCUGCCAAAGCUUGCGUUAGAUUUACUAGAUGAAAUUUUUGUCUCUGUUCUAACUCAUGGCACUUCAUAUGAUAGAGGAAAUUGCUGUUUUCUUUAUGGAAGAUGUUUAGCAAUGACUGCUAUUCAAAUUGAAAAAGAUUCUGUGACCGCUUCAAAAGACAUCGAAGCUGCUUUGUCCAUGAGCGAUAAGGCCUUUGAAUACUUUAAGAAAAUAAAAGCAUUUAUGAAAAUGAGAUCGAUUCUUUGUUGGCAGGCUUAUAUUUAUAAUCACCUUGGACUGACAACUCAACGAAAUGAUGUAGCUUUUAGAUACAGAAAUUUUGAAGAUGAAGUUUAUGAAUUGUAGAUAAAUUUUGAUUUGUUUGUUUUUGUAAAUAAUUUCUUUAAUAAAAACUGAUUUUAUA